AUGAAAAUUAUUGGACUCAAAGAUACUGAGGUUACUUCAAUCCUGGAAAUUGCUGCAGUUGUCCUAAAGCUGGGCAAUAUUGAGAUAAAAGGACAGUUUCAGGCUAACGGAAUGGCCUCAUGCUACAUCACAAAUUCUCAGUAUGUUAAAGAGAUUGGCUCACUGAUCGGUCUUGAUAGCGUCACACUAGAAAAUGCAUUCAGUGUCCGUACUGUUGAAGCCAGACAAGAAAAAGUGGUGACUACACUGAACGCAAACCAGGCAACUUAUGCCCGGGAUGCUUUAGCAAAGAACAUGUAUGACCGACUGUUUAGCUGGCUGGUACAACGGAUCAAUGAAAGCAUAAAGGCAUCUGAAUUCCAGGUGAAGAAAGUAAUGGGUGUGCUGGACAUUUAUGGCUUUGAAAUAUUAGAAGAUAACAGCUUUGAACAAUUCAUUAUUAAUUAUUGUAAUGAGAAGCUUCAGCAAAUCUUUAUUCAAAUGACAUUAAAAGAAGAACAAGAAGAGUACAAGAGAGAGGGGAUUGAAUGGAGUCACAUUACCUUUUUUGACAAUGAAAUCAUCUGCAAUCUCAUAGAAGAUAAUACCAAUGGCAUUUUAGCAGUGCUAGAUGAAGAAUGCCUGCGCCCUGGGAAUGUCACAGAUGCCACCUUUCUAACCAAGCUAGGAUUGAAAUUCAAAAACCAUCAGCACUUCAAAAGCAAGGCCACCCAAAAUGAAAAACGCAUUACUGAUAUCACAUUGGCUGACAAUGCUUUCCGCAUUGAACAUUAUGCUGGACAGGUCACUUACAACACUGAAGGUUUUCUGGACAAAAACAACGAUCUUCUCUUUAGAGACCUCUCGCAAGCCAUGUGGAAGGCCAAACAUGAACUGUUGAAAUCUCUGUUCCCAGAAGGCGACCCAAAGAACUCCUCAUUGAAACGUCCGCCCACUGUUGGCUUCCAGUUUAGAGCCUCUGUGUCAACACUUAUGAAGAAUCUGUAUGCCAAGAAUCCCAACUAUAUUCGAUGUCUGAAACCCAAUGACACAAAGAAGGCAUCCUUGUUUGAUGAGAAGCUUGUGAGGACACAGGUGCAGUACCUUGGCUUGCUGGAGAAUGUAAGAGUUCGUCGGGCUGGCUUUGCUUACCGGCAGGUGUACAGUGCUUUCCUAAACAGAUACAAGCUGCUGAGUAGGGAGACAUGGCCCCGAUGGGAAGGGGAUGCAAGGGUGGGAGUUGAAGCUUUGUUAAAUGACCCAAAAGUCAGCAUUCCAAAAGAAGAGAUCAAGUAUGGCCGAACCAAAGUAUUCAUCAGGACUCCUAAAACACUGUUUGACUUGGAAGAGCUACGCAGGCAGAAGCUGAAUGAAUUGGCCGCCCUAAUACAGAGAAUAUACCGUGGUUGGAGGCAGCGGAAACUAUUUUUACUCAUGCGCAAGAGCCAGAUCCUCAUUUCAGCAUUCUACCGGGGAAAUCAUCAACGGCAAAAGUAUCAAAAGAUGCGGUACUCUGCUUUACUUAUACAAGCCUACAUCCGAGGCUGGCAGGUAAGAGACCUUCUCACAUGUAGUUAUAAGGAUUAA